GCGGGCUGAUGGCGGGCCGUGGAGGCUGCCGGCGCGGACAGGAGCAGCUGGAGCUGGAGCGGCUGGGCGAGGCAGCACGGGCCGGCUCCUGCCCACCGUCGCCGCCGCUCUCCGCCUGCUCGCGGCAGGCCUGGAGCCGGGACAACCCGGGCUUCGAGCCCGAGGAAGACGGGGCGGCGGCGGGGCCGGUGCUGGAGAUGGACGUGGAGUGGGGUGGCCCCGCGGCCGGCGCUUCGUCGUCGUUGGGCAGCGGAGCGGGGGGCCAGGGCGGCGGCGGGCGGCGGCAGCGGCGGCUCCCCGCGGGGCGCGGCGGGGCAGAGGGGCCGAGCCGCCCUCAAGUGCCGCCCGACGGCGCCGCCCCCCACCGCGCGGCCUGGGCCAAGCGCCUGGCGCGGCGGCUGCGAGGUCUAUGGGGGACGAGACUCAUGGAAGAAAGCAACACCAGCAGAGAGCAAUAUCUGAAAAGUGUUUUACGGGAAUUGGUUACAUACAUGAUUUUCCUUGUGGUCUUGUGUGUCUUGACUUACGGGACAGUGAGUUCCAGUAUGUACUAUUACACAAGGGUUAUGUCGCAGCUCUUCCUGGAAGCACCUGUAUCAAAAAUGGAGAAAACUGAUUUCAAAACUUUGUCCACAAUGGAUGACUUCUGGAAGUUCACAGAAGGCCCUUUGUUGGAUGGUCUUUACUGGGAGAUGUGGUACAACAACAAAACCAUGGCAGAAAACAAAAGCUUCAUUUAUUAUGAGAACCUUCUCUUAGGGGUGCCUCGCAUUCGGCAGCUAAAAGUGAGGAAUGGGUCAUGCUCAAUACCUGAGGAUUUAAAGGAUGAAAUCAAAGACUGCUAUGAUGUCUACUCUGUCGCUAAUGAAGAUACUGCUCCUUUUGGACUUCGGAAUGGAACAGCUUGGACGUACACCAAUGAGAAGGAUUUGAAUGGGAGCAGCCACUGGGGCUUGAUUGCCACAUACAGUGGGGCUGGUUAUUACCAAGACCUCUCAAGGACAAGAGAAGUGACAGCUGUGCAGAUUGCUAGCCUUAAGAAGAACCUGUGGCUGGACAGAGGGACCAGAGCAGCUUUCAUUGAUUUCUCUGUAUACAAUGCAAACAUCAACCUAUUCUGCGUGGUCAGGUUGUUAGUGGAGUUUCCAGCGACUGGAGGCCUUGUUACAUCUUGGCAGUUUCAGCCAGUGAGGCUGAUUCAUUACAUCUCCACUUUUGAUUUUUUCCUGGCAGCCUGUGAAGUGGCAUUCUGUCUUUUUGUUCUUUAUUAUAUGGUGGAAGAGAUUUUAGAAAUUCACAUUCAUAGACUACAUUACUUCAGAAGUCUCUGGAAUUGCCUUGAUAUCCUUAUCAUUGUGCUCUCUGUGGUAGCUAUAGGAAUUAGCAUCUAUAGGACAUCAACUGUUGAUAUGCUCCUAAAGAAGCUACUGGAAGAUCAGAACUCGUUCCCCAAUUUUGAACCUUUGGCAUAUUGGCAAAUGCAAUUCAACAACAUUGCUGCAGUCACUGUGUUUUUUGUCUGGAUUAAGCUUUUCAAAUUUGUUAACUUCAACAGAACGAUGAGUCAGUUAUCCACUACCAUGUCUCGCUGCGUCAAAGAUGUCAUUGGCUUUGCUAUUAUGUUUUUUAUUAUUUUCUUAGCAUAUGCUCAGUUGGCCUACCUUGUCUUUGGCACUCAAAUUGAUGACUUCAGCACCUUCCAGGACUGCAUAUUUACUCAGUUCCGCAUCCUUUUGGGAGACUUCAACUUCACAGAGGUUGAAGAAGCUAAUCGAAUUUUGGGACCAGUUUAUUUCUCUACAUUUGUGUUCUUUAUGUUCUUCAUUCUUUUGAACAUGUUCUUGGCCAUUAUCAAUGAUACAUACUCUGAGGUCAAAUCGGAUAUGGCACAACAGAAGGCAGAAAUGGAACUGUCUGACCUUAUCAGAAAGGGCUACAACAAAGCCAUGAUCAAACUUAAAUUGAAGAAAACUACUGUUGAUGACAUUUCAGAAAGUCUGAGACAGGGUGGGGGAAAAUUAAAUUUUGAUGAACUCCGUCAAGAUCUAAAAGGGAAGGGGCACACAGAUGCAGAGAUUGAAGCAAUAUUUACCAAAUAUGACCAGGAUGGGGACCAGGAAUUGACAGAGCAUGAACAUCAGCAGAUGAGAGAUGACCUGGAGAAAGAGAGGGAGGAUCUGGACCUGGAUAGGAGUUCUCUGCCACGUCCGCUGAGCAGUCGCAGCUUUCCCCGGAGCUUGGACGACUCUGAGGAGGAUGAGGAUGAAGACAGUGGACACAGCUCCAGGAGGAGGGGCAGCAGCUCUAGUGGGGUUUCCUAUGAAGAGUUCCAAGUACUCAUGAGGCGGGUUGAUCGCAUGGAGCACUCUAUUGGCAGUAUUGUCUCUAAGAUUGAUGCGGUGAUUGUGAAGCUUGAAGCGAUGGAGAGAGCCAAGCUGAAAAGGAGAGAUGUGUUGGGAAGACUGUUAGAUGGAGUGACAGAGGAUGAAAGACUGGGUCGUGACAAUGAAAUCCACAGGGAACAAAUGGAGCGACUUGUGCGAGAGGAGUUGGAGCGAUGGGAAUCGGAUGAUACAGCAUCCCAAAUGAGCCAUCGGUUGGGAACACCACUUGGAGUGAAUGGCCAGCCUCGGUCAAGGAACUCUCGGCCGUCUUCCUCCCAGUCAGAUGGUAUUGAUGGGGGAGGAGGAAAUGGGGGGAAUAACAUCCACAUGUAGGAUUAACUUGGUAAGUGAUUCUAAAUAUUUCAGGGCAGUAUUAUGCCAGCAGACACACUACUACAAUGUUUCCGAGUAUGAGGUGAUCAUCCUGAUCAGCCUGCUAAGGACAAUUUUUACUGGUGGGCAAAAGUAAAUAUUCUCUUCAUAAGGCAUUUUCCAGACCUGUGUAAGCCAUGUGUCAUGAUCAAGUUACCAACAGUGAGACUGUCAGUCUUGGAAAUGAAAAUACAGGAAACAGAAUGGAAACCAGGUCUGACAAAAUCUACCUGGACAGAAUUUUGGUUCCAUACAUGUAUUAUGGGGAACACUUUAAUGAGGGCAGCAACUUCAGAAAAAGUAAUAUGCUGUGGCUAAAACACUCAAAUGAAAGUUUGAGUUUUCUGAUUUCUGUUGGAAAAAAGGACUUUAAAAUGCUUUUAUAAGCAAUUUCAAAAAUAAGGUGGCAUCAGUUUGUCUCAUUCAUUAUAGCAACUGACAUUUUUCAAAGAAAACAGAACUUUUUUUUUUUACUUCAAGUUUCUGCCUAUUUUUCUGAGUUAUUCUUGGUGUGCAAACAAUUUAAUUAAGUUAAAAUGUUCAAUUUUUCCUGUUUCUGAGAAAUAUGAUGUUUUUUCAAAUGGAAGAAACUGCACUUAAUUUGUAAGACUGUAAAUUACAUUUUUCCAUAAUAGAAACUGUACACAUUACGUGUUUUUGCAUUUCAUUAGCCUUUCAAAAAUUAUUUUGAGAACUGUCUCUUACCCAACUAACAGAAUAAUUUUCAGCUUUGUUCAAAGUAGCCAUUUUCUAACGCUGUGUUUUCAUAAUCUAAGUGUUCCUGGGAUAAACUUUCCACAGGUUCUUUAGUAAAUAUGGUUACUUUGCAGAAAAUAUAUUAUUUAAAAGCACACAGAAUUGAAAAACAUUAACUCUUCCUUGGAUGUGACAGGGAAGAGGACAGAGAAGUUGGGAAAAUCAGAGUAUAAUCACAGAUUUUUAGUAUUUCAUUUCCUCUGUUUUCCGUGUUGUAGAAGCUUUGGUUUUGAAAGGAGAUGCAACACUGAAAUUACGAUGGUUUCCUAUAGAAAGCAUCGAGGUAUAGUGCUUGUAAUUUUGCUGAGCCAACAUGUUUCCAUACGUGGAAUGCGAGUUUAGGAGGGAGGUUGUCAAUUGGGCUUUUUUCCUGAAGUUGUCCUGUAAAGACUAUCAGUUGAUGUAAAGAAAAGUUGAAAGUUACAUAAUCAAACACAUCUUAGCUACAGUAGGGUGCACAGAAGAAAAAAAUGCAUAUUUAGCAAAGUAUAAGUAGCAUGUAUAUGUUAUGUUGAUGCUUUUUAUUUCAAAAAUGCCAGGGGUUAGCACCUUUUCUUGUGGUAGUACUGCUUGGGCAAAGCUUAUGCUUUGCAUACGAUCUCUCAGCUGCAUUGCCGGGAUGUGCAGUGACUCAGAAUGCCUUGCUAAAACUAAAUAGGCUCCAUGUCUUUCCCUAUUUUUAAGUGUAUGAGAAACCGUAUGCACAGAAACUUAAUGUAAGGGGAAGCAGGAGGAGGUUCAUUGUGGAGACUGGAAUUUAUUUGUCUCAAGAAUAGAAUGACGUGAGAAAGCAGGUUGUGAUUCUUGUGAAAUAUUUUUUUCUUUCUGUGGGGGUUAUUUUGUCCUGCACAAGGUAGAAAUUCAUGCUCUUUCACAAGAGGCUCCGUCAACUUCCCAAAACAGCAUGCAGUACAGUGGUUAGGGCAUUUGUAUGAAACAAGAGACACUUAGACUAAGCUCUAUCUUGCCUUAAUUGAAAGUUUUUGGACCUUAGAAACCCUUCUGAGGAAAGCUUUUCCGUGUUGAACUAGCAUUUCUGACUUCAAACAAAAAACUCCGUAAGCUGUACACAUGACCACCUGGUGUGCAAGGAAAAGAGCCAAUACAAUAGAAAGCAAUUUAAGUAUACAUAGCCUUGUCUUUAUAUUCAUAUCCAAAAUGUGAUCAACAGCUUAAACUUGGAGGCAUGCUGACUAAUUCCAUGUGUGCGUAACAUGUAGUUGAUGUUGGGUUUCUAGGGUCAAAGGUUGCCUAAAUGCAAAGAUAGUACUUAAAUAAUCAAGUACUUAAAAUCAAUGACCCAACUUGAGUUGUCAAGCGAUCAGCUGGAACCUUACUAAGAAUACCUUGUGUUAAGGCUUGUGCCUAUGGCUGGUGAGGAGGUUUAUGGCAGCAGGGGCUGGGGGGCGUGCAGAAAUGAUCUGUUGGUCAUCUGGGACCAUCCGGAGGGGGAUGAGAGCAAAACUACAUCCGUGAGUAUGGUUUUAAAUAGGUUUCCUGUAAAAACAUAUCUUUCAAAAUGUAAGUUUAAUCACGUGUUUCAUCUUUUAUUUGUAGUAUAUGAUUAUUAUGAAAAUGUUUGCAUUCAUAGCUGUACUUGUUGAGGUGUAUUUCUGUAACGUGUCGUUACUUAAUAACAAACUUCAUUUUGAAGUGCAGUAAGUUUUCAUGGGGUACCCCUGUGUGUUGACAGUGGGUCUUGCAGUAAGUGCAUGGCCACUUGAUAAAUGUUAUAAACAUUUUAUUAUUUCAUUUUUCAACUUUAGAUUAUAAUAUCAUUUUUCACACUACAAAAAUAAAGUUUUUGCAUAAUAAUGUACAGUGUUUGGUCUUAUUAGGAAGCUGUUAAUUAUGCAAGUCUUCUACAAUGAUCAGGAAUGUAUUGAUCUGUAAAACUGAGCACUUUACUUCCUAAUAAACGUUUUGUAUAAUCUA